AUGAAACGAGCAACGAGACUUUUCACCGUUUCAUCUGCAAUGAAUGUACAGUUACGAAGAGUUCAAUCGUUGGUAUAUGAAGCUUUUGGAGAGCCAGGAAAAGUUUUAAUGCCAAAAGAAACGUCUCUACCAUCGCCAAUACCAUCAGGUCACGUCCAAGUUCGGCUUCUAGCUUCACCAGUUAAUCCAUCUGACAUCAAACAGGUUGAAGGUGCAUGGCACAUUCUUCCUAAAUCGUUUCCAUGCGUUGCAGGAAAUGAGGGAGUCGGUGAAGUUGAAAGUGUUGGUGAUAACGUCACCACUGUUUCGAAAGGGGAUUGGAUUGUGCCGUUACGUGUCGGUUUAGGUACAUGGAGAACUCAGGCCGUUUUAAAUGUACAAGAUAUAACAUCCAUACCAUCUAAAUAUCGAAACAAGAUUUCGUUGAUGCAAGCUGCUACUGCCUAUGUAUCCCCUGUGACGUCGUUGCAGAUUAUGGAUUUGUAUGGUAUCCAAUCUGGAGAUUUGAUUGUCAUAAAUGCUCCCAAUGGUGCUGUUGGACUGGGUAUAAUACAAAUUGCUGCUUCCCGAGGUAUCAAAACGAUAUGUAUAGUACGACAACGAGCCAACGAACAAGCACAAGAGGAGCUAGUAAACGCCCUAAGGCUUCAAGGAGCUAUCGCCGUGACACUGGACACGUCACUGGGACUAGAUAGAGAUGCAGACAAGCUAAUCACUGCUCUCAUCGACUCCAAAAACGGAAUAUACGGAAUUGAUGGUGUAGGCGGUCGAUCAGGCCAAGAGAUAUACAACACAAUCACGAGGUUCAAACCAUCAUGUCAAAGAUCUGGAUUCAUAUCAUACGGAAUGAUGUCCGGUACACCCGUCAAAGUAGCCAAAGAUGCACCACUAAAGAUUCAACGACAGGGGAUAUUUAAGAAAUUGAGUAACUCGUUCGAGUGUAAGCCGGACGGAAUAGCUGCUGUAUUGGAAGCUGAUGAGCAGGCCACGAGAGCUGCGACUGUAGAUUAUGCUAAAUGGAUGGAGAAGGUGUUUGAACUGUAUGCUACGAAGGUGUUGGGCGAACCUUGGACUGAGAAGGUUGUUGCAUUUGAAGAGACGGGAAUGGGGUUGACUCGUGCUGCUAAAGAUGUGCUAGGUUGGAGAGCAUCUAGUCCUGGAAGAGCUGGGAUGACGAAUCGAAAAUAUGUAUUUGUUUUCAAACACUAA